UUUUUUUUACGAAUAAAUUUAACGCUUUUUUUUAACGAUUUUAACGAAUUUUAAUGACAAUAUGGGUUUUUGGCGCGGAGUUGGAGAAGUAUUAAAGUUCACUGGAAAGGUAGCAGUAGUAGGAACUGUAGGAGGAUUGAUAGUUUCUACUGGUGGAUUAGCAGCACCUUUAAUUGGUGGCGGAACAUACUUCAUUGGCAAAGGUAUUAAAGAAAUAGCUAAAGAAGAAGGAAGUGAAUUUUGGGAAGGCACUGGCGACCUUAUUGAGGAUAUAGGACUUGAUGGUCUUACUGGCGGAUUGUUCAACUUUGGAACUCAAACUGCUGGACAUCUAGCCGCACGAGAAAUUGCCAGAAAUGGCCGAAAAAUGACUAAUGGCGCUAAGAUUUUAAUUAGGGUUGGUCAAACCAUAAAAAUAGGAAAGAGAGUGUAUGAAGUUUGUGAUAAAAAUUUAGAGGAUGUUAAAUAUGCUCUCUACUUUUAUCAUGGUCUUCAUAAAGAAAAAGGAAAUAGUUAUGAUAGUGAUUGCCCUAUUUGCCGUGAAAUUGUCUAAAAUAUUUUUAUGGCAGGAAAAAAUUUGGUCCUUAUUUUCUUUCUUGUUUUUGAAAAGUUUUCUUUAUUCUCUUAUUAUUUCAAUUAUCUCUUUUUCAGGGAUAGUUUUAUGUAUUAUCC